UCAUCUAACGGCAGCAGUGUCAGUGUGCCGUUCCUCCCGCGCUGCAGGGGGCGCUGCUGUGUGUUUGACGGCGGAAGCGCUCUGCUGCUGUUGCUGCUGUUGCUGCUGUUGUUGCUGUUGGUUGUUGAUGUGGCUCAUUGCGGAUGCGAGUCAUGGAGUAAAGUUCUCCUGAUUAAAACCAUCAGCGAUCGUUAAAUUCACCGCGUAGGCACGGGCAGACCAUGUUUAAGGGCUGGAGCUCAUGGAUGGGCGCUGAGUCCGAGGAUGAAGAGAAAACGGACAAACAGGAGAAAAACAUCAACACAGAGACCGAAGAAACACAGCAGGCCGCAGGACUCAGCGGCUUCAUUCUGAACUUUGCAAGUAGCGCCAGUAAGAAGAUCUCUGAGUCUGUGGCGGAGACGGCUCAAACUAUCAAGAAAACGGUGGAGGAGAGCAACAUUGACGGCAUCAUCGUCAAGACCAUUUUGGGAGAUUUUCAGAAGGAGCAAGAAAAAUUUGUCCAGGAGAAAAAUGCAAGGAAAACAGACGCUGCGGUGCCGCCCUGGGUCGGAUACAACGAGGAGGAAACCAUUCAGCAGCAGAUACUCGCUUUAUCUGCUGACAAGAGGAACUUCCUGCGCGACCCUCCGGCCGGAGUGCAGUUCCAGUUCGACUUUGAGCAGAUGUACGCCGUGGCUCUGGUGAUGCUGCAGGAAGACGAGCUGCUCAACAGGAUGCGCUUUGACCUCGUCCCCAAACAUGUUCCUGCAGCUCAAACAGUGGAUCAUGGCAUUGCUCUGAUCAAGCAGUCGGCUCAGCUCACGGCUCUCGCGGCUCAACAACAGGCAGCCGAAAAGAGAGAAGAGGAGAAGAACGCAGCGCCGCCGCUGAACGAGAACAUCUCAGAGAACAUCAGACCAAAAACACCGCCUGUAGCCAUCAACGCUAAAGCCAAGAGCAACGAGCAGGAGGAGGAGGACAUCUCCACCAGCCCCGGCGUGUCUGAGUUCGUGAGCGACGCGUUCGACGCCUGCGACAUAAACCAGGAGGAUCUGAGGAAAGAGAUGGAGCAGCUGGUGCUGGAUAAGAAAGAUGAAGAGACGGCCGACUGGGAGAAGGAGCUGCAGCAGGAGCUUCAGGAGUACGAGGUGGUCGUCGACCCAGAAAAUCGCGACGAUAACUGGGACCGUGAGAUUGAGGAGAUGCUGCAGGACGACAGCUAAAGCAUGACAGCGCCUCCUCUGGUCUGGAGGACACACUGCUGCGCUCAAAUGAAGAAAUCAGCAGGACGUUUCUACUAUUUCCUCAAUCUGACUGGACUGAAAUAUCAGGAUUUCCUAUAAGAAUGUUUAAUAAAUGUGUUGAUAGCAGCAGAGGGAUUCGGUGAGGUGCCAACAUGCACAGAACUAAGAUCGUAAUUAGUGAGAACACACAAAUCAGAUGUAGUUUGCUGAUUUAUCUUUUAUUUCUGACUAAUUUCUGCAAUGAAGACCUUCUUUCAGAGGUGUACAAGCAAACCGAAACUCAAAAAGCUGAACGGUUGUAGUGCUCAAACACUAAAAGCACACAUAUCGAGUCCAUAAACACUUUAGAGUUGUGUGAAGGCAAACGUUUUAAUGGCUUGUCAUUCCUUUAUUUGUUUUUGGUUGUUGAUUCGAUAUUUGUACUCUGAUCAUCGUCUGGCAGGUUUUUGGUGAAGUUAAUGUUUGGUAUCUCUGGAGCAUCUGAAAUAAAAUUUUAUUCCAUACACGUUUAUUCAUGCAAUAUAACCAUAUGUUUGUAAGGUGAGAGGUUUAAUAUAACUUUGUGUUUGUUUGUUUUUUACUUGCACCUUGUCUAUUACUUUAAAGCUGAAUAAUCAUGAUUUUGCUGCAGUAAAUAAAGUCUAAAAUUCUCUCUUUACUAUUUUCUCGUUCAGUUUAAUACACUGUGCUACAUUUACAGUCGGUUUAUACUGUAAUAAUGGAAAUUAAAAGAAAAAAGUAACAUUUAAUGUGUCUUAACUAUUGUUCUAUAUGCAUAUACCCGUUAUUUAAUGACAUGUUUGUAUGCAUUUGUGCGUUAUGUAAUGGCAUGCAUGCAUGUGUUUUUACCGUUUUUACAUGUCGUUUGUUCGUCUUGAACACGUCACUACACACGUGGACGUAAUGGCGUUAUUCGGGUUGCCAAGUGCUUUUGGUCUGUUGAAUUCGCCUUCGCUUAUCACAUUAAACCCAAUAGAUACCAGAGAUACAUGCGUCAAUAUUUCGCCGGCUGUCGCUGAAAUGUGUUUUU